AUGGCAGGUCUGAAAGACGAUGAAUGCAGAACAAAAUUCUGCCAACAUGUGUCUAUUCAUGUUGGAGUACGGACCAGGGAGAAGCUUGGCGAUGCGGAUUCCUUCAUAAAGUGCUUCCAGGACGCUGCAAGGGAAACGCUCCCGGUUCUAUUGCCGCAAAGGAAGUUUGCCGCUGCAUCUGCGGAAACAAAAUCCACGUACAAUCCUGUAUGUGUCGCGCGCAGCGCUGGUGACUUCAACCAGGAAAAGCGUCUUAGAAGGAAGCUGAGUCUUCAACUGCAGCAAGACUGCAAUAACGAGUGGACGUCAAGAGCGAUGGAGUUUGAGAAGGCGUGGGAGGACAGAAACCCGCGGAAAGCCUAUGCUCUACUAAAACAGUAUAGCGGCAAAAUGAAAAGAUGUUCUCCUGUCCUCAACACUGCCAAUGAAGUAGCUGUGGGUGAAACAACCCUUCCAAUUCGGAGGGAACGCUCCAAUACCUUGCUGAACCGGCUACCGUUAGCUUCUGAACUCGAACAUGUUCAUAGACCGACAUAUGUGGUUAACGAGAAGCCAUUGACCGAGUCGGAGGUCCUGGUCUGUAUUCAAAAAAUGAAGAAUGGAAAGUCUGGUGGAGACGACGGGAUUAGCGCAGAAAUGCUAAAAUAUCUUCCUCCGUCUGGGAUUCGUGAGAUGACAAAGAUCAUCCGUUCAAUAUGGAUAGACGAAAGGAUACCUGAUUCGUGGAGACACGCUAUCAUAAUUCCCCUCCACAAGAAGUUAUCCGUCACGGAUCCCAGGAAUUAUCGAGGAAUCUCUUUGCUGCGUGUUAUGUACAAGGUAUUGGAGCGCAUUAUCCUGGACCGGCUCAUUAAACAUCGCGAAGAAACAACGCGCUACGAGCAAGCUGGCUUUCGUAGUGGCCGAUCUACGAUGGACCAGGUGUUCAUCGUCAGGAGAGUGAUCGAAAUCUCGCAGCAGUAUUCGAAGUCAAUGCAACUAGCGUUUCUGGACUUUGAAGCCGCGUUCGACUCUCCUCACCAAGGCCAUCUUCUCAACGCGCUCCGCGCCGAUGGAGUACCAGGAAAUUUCGUUCGCUUGCUUGAUGACAUGAAUCAACGAACAACUGCUGCAGUUCCAACACCAGCCGGAUGUACAACACCGUUUGAAGUUUGA